CCAUAACUUCAACUGUUCCUUUUAGAGGAUGUAAUAUUGCCAUCACUUGUGGAAAGUUACCUACUUGCUCACUACCACUGUGCAAACAAUAGCAACAGAAACAAAAAAUGACCAAAUUAAGCCUGCGUGUACUGAGGCUGAAGACUAAGCAUCUUGUGAUCUCGAGACUGAAGAGAUUCCAUGUCCAGCGUGUAUCCUGUGUGUCUUCAAGUUCCUCAAGCUCUGUCAUGGAGAGAGAAGCGUGUAACGCUCGCAUCCCAUCCUUUUUUAUCUGUUCUGUCCCACUACAAAGCAUCUUUGCUUACCUGAACUACCAUGUUCCCCGGACAAGACGGGAGAUCCUGGAGACCCUUAUCAAAGGGCUCCAGCGGCUGGAGUACAGAGGCUAUGAUUCCGCAGGUGUGGGAGUUGAUGGCGGAAACGACAAAGACUGGGAAGCUAAUGCUUGCAAAAUCCAGCUUAUCAAACAGAAGGGGAAAGUGAAAGCUCUGGAUGAAGAGGUUCACAAGCAACAGGACAUGGACCUCGACAUCGAGUUUGAUGUACACCUUGGAAUCGCCCACACGCGCUGGGCUACCCACGGCGAGCCCAGUCCAAUCAACAGCCACCCACAACGCUCAGAUAAAAACAACGAGUUCAUCGUCAUCCACAACGGCAUCAUCACCAACUACAAAGACCUGCGGAAGUUCCUGGAGAGCAAGGGCUAUGACUUUGAGUCGGAGACGGACACAGAGAGCAUCGCCAAACUGGUCAAGUACAUGUACGACAACCGGGACAGCGACGACAUCAGCUUCACCACCCUGGUGGAGAGGGUCAUCCAGCAGCUGGAAGGUGCUUUUGCCCUUGUGUUCAAAAGUGUUCAUUAUCCUGGUCAAGCAGUCGGUACCCCGGUGAGCAGCCCCCUGCUAAUAGGAGUGCGCAGCGAGCACAAGCUCUCCACCGACCACAUCCCAAUACUCUACCGGACGGGUAAAGACAAGAAGGGAAGUUGCAACCUGUCUCGUGUUGACAGUACCACCUGCCUUUUCCCCGUUGAGGAGAAAGCUGUGGAGUACUACUUUGCUUCUGACGCUAGUGCUGUCAUUGAGCAUACCAACAGAGUGAUUUUCCUUGAAGAUGAUGAUGUAGCAGCUGUGGUUGAUGGCCGUCUUUCCAUCCACCGGAUUAAACGCACAGCAGGCGAUCACCCCGGACGUGCUGUCCAAACUCUGCAGAUGGAGCUUCAGCAAAUUAUGAAGGGUAACUUCAGCUCAUUUAUGCAGAAGGAAAUUUUUGAGCAGCCAGAAUCUGUCGUUAAUACGAUGAGAGGAAGGGUCAACUUUGAUGACUACACUGUAAAUCUUGGUGGGUUGAAGGAUCACAUUAAGGAGAUUCAGAGGUGUCGUCGUUUAAUCCUUAUUGCUUGUGGGACAAGUUACCAUGCUGGAGUUGCGACCCGACAGGUUCUGGAAGAACUGACUGAAUUACCAGUUAUGGUUGAACUAGCCAGUGACUUCUUGGACAGAAACACCCCUGUCUUCAGAGAUGAUGUUUGCUUUUUCCUCAGCCAGUCAGGUGAGACAGCAGAUACUUUGAUGGGUCUUCGGUACUGCAAAGAGAGAGGAGCCUUAACGGUAGGAAUAACUAACACAGUUGGCAGCUCUAUAUCACGAGAGACAGAUUGUGGAGUCCAUAUCAAUGCAGGACCAGAGAUUGGGGUUGCCAGUACCAAGGCCUAUACGAGCCAGUUUGUCUCUCUGGUGAUGUUUGCUCUGAUGAUGUGUGACGACAGAAUUUCUAUGCAGGAAAGGCGCAAGGAAAUCAUGCGUGGUCUAAAGGGACUGCCAGACUUAAUUAAAGAAGUGCUGAGUAUGGAUGAUGAGAUCCAGAAGUUAGCCACAGAGCUAUACCAUCAGAAGUCUGUUCUCAUCAUGGGACGUGGCUACCAUUACGCUACAUGUCUUGAGGGAGCUUUGAAAAUCAAAGAAAUUACCUACAUGCACUCUGAAGGGAUAUUGGCAGGUGAGCUGAAGCACGGCCCUCUCGCACUGGUGGACAAACUCAUGCCUGUCAUCAUGAUCAUCAUGAGAGACCAUACAUAUGCCAAGUGCCAGAACGCUCUCCAGCAGGUCAUUGCACGGCAGGGGCGACCUGUUGUGAUUUGUGAUAAGGAAGACAUCGAGACAAUUAAGAACAAUAAGAGAACAAUCAAAGUUCCCCAUUCGGUGGACUGUCUGCAGGGGAUCCUGAGCGUUAUCCCCCUUCAGCUUCUGGCUUUCCAUCUUGCAGUUCUCAGAGGAUACGAUGUGGACCGCAUUGCCUCCUCCAGAGAUUGAACGCCAUUGCCGCUUCGCCGCUGCGUGAGCAACUCGCCUUCCAUGCAGCUGUCCAAGAGCCUCGAGGAGGAGGAGCGAGAGGGGUGAGCUGCCGGCAGCCAAAACAACGUGCCUGGGCUGCCACCUUCUCUGCCCACACCUGAGGGCCCUCCGUGGCAGCAAUGAGCAUCAGUCAGGUCCCAUCUGCUCUGUGCAGCACAGGCUGGCAGCCCCAGAUUUGAGUGUUUUGCACUGAUUAAGGCACAAAAAAACCCCCUAGAUAAGUGACAGACAGUCACAGAUUACUUGUUGGUUGCAUUUUGCACUGCAGUUCUUGCCUUGUUUUUAGGUUUUAAACAAUAAAAGUCUCCAAAGAUGUCUUGAUUUUUAAAGCAAA